CCUAUUUCCCAUUCUCAUUGCGUGUUAGGUUUAAGCCAAUCAGCGUCGCCGCGGUUCCGGUGAUGAUGAACACUGCAUGCACAGAAUUCACAUUAUAGCCAGUCCCUCGGGGUCUGGAUCAUGGGACUUCGAACCCUGUUCCUGCUGCUUUCGGGUGCUCUGACUCUGACCAAGACCUGGGCGGGUUUCCACUCCCUGCGGUAUUUCCACACCGCGGUGUCCCGGCCCGGCAGCAGGGAGGCUUUCUACACGUCGGUCGGCUACGUGGACGACACGCAGUUCGUGCGCUUCGACAGCGACGCCGCGAACCCGCGGGUGGAGCCGCGGGCGCCGUGGGCCGAGCAGGCGGGGCCGGAGUACUGGGAGCAGCAGACGCGGAUCGCUGAGGCCCACGCGCAGAAACUGCGCUCCAACCUGCGCGCCACCCUCAGCUACUACAACCACAGUGAGGACGACGCCCAUUCCUUACAGUGGACCUCUGGCUGUGACCUUGGGCCUGAUGGGCGCCUUCUCCGCGGGUACGAGCAGUUCGCCUACGACGGCGACGAUCACAUCUCGCUGAACGAGGACCUGCGCUCCUGGACCGCGAUGAACACGGCCGCUCAGAUGACGAGGCGCAAGUGGGAAGCGUCGGGAGAUGCGGAGCACUACAGGGCCUACCUGGAGGAGGAGUGCUUGGAGUGGCUCCGCAGAUACCUGGAGAAGGGGAGGGAGGCGCUGCUGCGCACAGACCCUCCAAAGAUGCACAUAACCCACCAUCCUAUGUCUGACUAUAUGGUCACCCUGAGGUGCUGGGCCCUGGGUUUCUACCCUGCGGAGAUCACCCUGACCUGGCAGCAGGAUGGGGAGGACCAGACCCAGGACAUGGAGCUUGUGGAGACCAGGCCUGCAGGGGAUGGAACCUUCCAGAAGUGGGCAGCUGUGGUGGUGUCUUCUGGGCAGGAGCAGAGAUACACGUGCCAUGUGCAGCAUGAAGGGCUGCCUGAGCCCCUCACCCUGAGAUGGGAGAGGUCUUCCCAGUUCUCCAGCACCAUCAUGGUAAUUGUUGUUGGCCUACUUGUAGCUGUGGUCAUUGGAACUGUCGUGAUUUUUCAGAAGUGGAGAAAAAAGAGAACAGGUGGGCACAAUAAAUAUGACCAAUAUCACAUGGCUUGUCGAGUGUGACGUGGCUGCCUUGUGAGUGACACCAGAUUAGCUCUCACUCCAACUUUGUGACUUCAGAAGCCCUGUAUUCUCUUUCUGCAAAGGUGUUUGCCAGUUGCUUGGCAAAAUGUGAAGAGGUGGGAGACCAGCCCGCUGCUGCCCACCUGGACCCAUGUCCCUCCCCACAGGACCUGUAUUCCCUUCCCUGCCUGACUUUCCUGUUCCAGCAGAGAGGAAGCUGGGAUGUCUCCAUCCCUGUGCUAACUUCGUGUUGCACUGAGCUGCAUCUUUUUACUCCCUACUGAAAUAAGAAUCUGGGUAUGAACUUAUUUUCCUCAAGUUCUUGCCAUGUGUUGAGAUUGAUGAGUUGAUUAAAGGAUCUUAAGAUUCCAAAACUUGAGAUAAAAUAGGUACAAGUACUGAGAACCUUCAAGAAUCCAUGUGUGUGUUGUGCCCAGGGUGUUGCAGAUAGGGACAGGAGAAGGCUGAGGAGCUGGAUGUGGAUAAGGCUGUGGCCAGACAGUACUUAGUCCUGUGUGGCUUUGAUGUGGUCACUCCUUAUCUGCAUAAUCUUUGCUGAUCUUGUUGGUAGAGCCUUAUCUACCAGGGCCUGUGACCACAGGAACUCAGACAUUGCCUGGGCUUGAUCCUGUCUCCAGGGUUAUGGGUUAGUUAUGUGUGGCUGGAUUAACCAGGUCUCAGCUCCCAUCUUGUAUGUCUCAUUUUUGUUUCUUUGUUCUAUAGAGAAUUAUGCCUGUUGUUCUUGUGAAUAAGUUCUGGUCUUUUUUUCCUCUGAGUGUUCCUGUCUCUGACAGCAGCAGCUGUCUUCGGUGGCCCCUAUACACUGGAUACUCUGUGCUAUCAAGAGACAAAUUUUGAGAUCGGGAGAAUUGAGGUCUGAGGCAAGUUAUGGCAAAAAGCAUGAGACCCUAUAUGAAAAAAUAACUAAAGGAAAAGGGAAUGAGUGCAUGGCUCAAAUGGUAGGCAUUUGCCCUAACAAGCACCAGGCCCUGAGUUCAAACCCCAGUACUGCCAAAAAAAAAAAAAAAAUUUCAAACCUGCCAGUUCUUGCCUCUUCUAGGACUAUUUCCUAUUCUUUCCAUUCCCUGCCCCCCACCAUUUAUUACUUUUUUGGGCAGUAUAGUGUUUUGAACUCAUUGUCUCAUGCUGGGUAAGCAGUUACUCUACCACUUGAGGCACUCCAUGAGCCCUUUUUUGUGUUGGGUAUUUUUGAGUUAGGGUCUCACAAACUAUUUGUCUGGGCCAGCCUCGACCUAUGAUCCUUCUGAUCUCUGACUCCCAACUAGUUAGGAUUAUAGGCAUGAGCCAUAGGCACCCAGCUUCCCUCAACCUUUUUUUAAUGAACUAGAUUCUGAAAUCAGCAAAGAGCAGGGGUCCUGUUGUUUCUCUCUUUAGAUUGAUGCUAUUCUGUUUUCAUUCUUUUCUCACCUACCUUCUUUUCCUGCUCUUAGCUCUAAUAACCCUAGUGCUGGUUCUUGUCUAAACUCACAAUUUGUAAAGAAGAGUCAAUUUAUAUUCACACUUGGUAGGUAAUAGGAUCACCUACCUAGGAUGUUUUUUUCCAAAAAAGGCCAAUGAAAGUGUAUGCUGUGGAGUACAAGAGGGCUGAUGAGGGAGGGCAGCCAUUGUGAGAAAAGUCCCGGUGGCCCUGACUGCAGUGUGAGAGGGAGGACCUUGUGCUGCAGCAGCCAUAAAGCUGCCUUUGACCUGAAGCUCCAUUAAUAAAGACAGUGUCUGUAGAAGAGGGAGGGGUCUGCAGAUAUUUGUUGUGUGACAGAUGUGUGACACUAUUUCUGAACCUGGGAAACAUAAGUGGAAUAGAAAUAGACAAAGCUGAGGAGCCUGUGGUCUAAUGGGUGGAGCCAGAGGACAUGUUCUAAGUACAUUAGCAAGUGCUAAUGUUAGGAGGAAGCAAGUGGCAAGUGCAAGUACUAGUGGGAGGGGGAGGGCAAAUGAAAAGGGUAAAGGAAGGUGAAUAUGGUGAUUUAUUUUCUACACAUGUGUGAACAUGUAUGAACACACUUAUUCUCUACAUAUGUUGAAACCUGUCAAAGUCACUUUAAGAAGGGGCAGGAGGCUGGAGAAGUGGCUCAAGUGGUACAGCACCUGUCUAGCAAGCAUGAAGUCCUGAGUUCAAACACCAUUACUGCAAAAAAAAAAAAAAAAUAGGGGGAGGAGAAAGAGAAGAAUAAUGAAGGGAGCAUACUAAACUGGAGUACACUAUAUGCAUAUGUGGAAAGGUCACAAUGAAACCCCCAUACAACUAUUAUAUACUAAUAAAAACAUUUAGAAAAAGCCAGAAGCCAAGACUAACCCAAAUAAAAACAAUGAUAUGAAUAAAUUAUGGUAUGUUCAAACAGUAGACUAUCACACAGAAAUAAAAAAGAAUGAAUCGGAGCUAUACACAAGAACAUGAAUGACUCUCAUAGAUUUAAGUUCAACUGAAAUAAGAUAAACAUGAAAGAGCAUACAUUUCUCAAUUUAAAUGAGGUUCCAAAACAGGCAUGAGUGGUUUAUGACAGAUUUCAGAAAAAAAAUAUUAGCUUUGAGGAAAAGUAUUGACUGAAGAGAGCUUUCUGGGAUGCUUAAAUGUGCUUUAUGUUCUAUGGGUGGUAUUAUACAAGUAUAUAUGCAAAACUUUAUUCAGAUGACCUAUACAUAUAUGGUAUGUAUACUUAUCUGUUGAUUGUAAGUUAUACCUCAAUAAAUAUAUAAAAAACUGAAAAAAGAAGGU